CUGGUGACAGGCUGGGUGACCUAGAUAGAGCUUCCUCAAAAAGGAGUUCUCCUUCCUCAACCUCCUGUAAGACAGGGGCCCUGUGCCUGAUGUCUACAAGAGGCCCAGUGCUGCAGUGGGGGUUGGGGGUGGGGGUGGUGAAAAGGGGUGCUAGGCUGACAGGUACACUGGGCUGAGGGGCUGCCUCAGCCAUGGGGGCUGUACUGUUUUGAGCCUGGGGGGCUGUACUGUUAUGCGCCUGGGGCGCUUGGGGGGGCCUGCGUGUGGCCCUCCUCGCCUUAUUGUGACUGGUGGGGGGCUUAUGUGUGGGGGCCGCAUUGGUGGCAGUGGCGGCGCCACGUGACGUCACGCGGGCACCGGUCCUGACCUCCGCGCGCUGCCUUGCCGACACGGCAGUCGGCGGUUGGGAGGCAGCGGCGGAGGUCAUGCGCCGGGCGGUUCGGGGAGGGCUGGGACGCAGGCGGGAGGGAGGGCGGGAGCGGCGAAGCGGGCGUCUGCUGGCGCCGCUCGCUGCUUGCCUCGGCUGUACCUGUGUGCUGGGGGAGCCGAGGAGCUGUUGCAGCCAGCCGGCUCCCUCGGCCGCUAGCCUGGCCUGAACCUGCUGUAUGAGCUCGUCGCUCAUGGCAGGAGCGUUGCAGGAAGGCAGAGGCAGAUGAGGGGGGGUGAGCAGAUGAACGCUGGCAGAGAUGAUCCUCCGUGUUGCAGCUGCUGCCAGUGGGACGCUGCAGGGUGAUCUGUAUAGCAGAGGGGAGGGGGGAGCUAUAGGAGUGUUCUCUUUUUCCCCGCCUGUAACAGGAGCUGUUAACCCCUUUGUGUGCUGGAGGGAAUUUGCUGUCUUGCUGUCUCCACAGUCCCUCAGCGCUUUCCUAAAUUACUUCAGCGCUGUCCAACCCCUUCAGCCAAUCCUCUCAUGCUAAACUAUUGGCAGCGACAAUCAGUUUUUUUUUUGCCGGGGGAAGUUGUGAUGUCAGAUUUCCACCAAUGAAAUGCUAGUGGGCUGGAUUCACCCCUUCGGCUGAGCCGUCCAAUGGUUGUUACCUCCUCUGCCGCUGUCUGCUUCCUGUUAGAGUUGCCCCAAGUCGCAAGGCAUUACUGGGACUUCCAUGAGAGUGAUGUCAUGAGCCUGUCUCUAAUCAGAGUGAAUGGAGGGGCACAUAAGCUAAAUAUCCCCUAAACGUUUCUGGUAGAAGCUUUUUAGCCUGGUUAGAUACGUUUGUUUGCUGAAGGCAGAGCAGUGGGCUUUGCAGCACUAACAAACUACAGAUACAUGCAUUUAAUGGUUUGAUCCCCUCACUCAGGAAGAUGUGGCACAGAUGAUAUACACUCGCUUGGGACAGCAAUGAAGAUAGUUGGUUUGCAGUUCUAUGUGAAACCAAGACAUCUGGAAAAAGUCAGAGGCAUGUCAACAGUACUGUGCUCUUACCACUAAUAAGAUAAUAAAUAACCAGAGCUGAUUAUGCAAAGGAUUGCUUAUGCUGGUGAAUGUAUCCAGACAGCUUAAUCCACCAAACAUGAGAGCUAUCUAAAGCAUUAUGGAGGGUUCCAGGCAGACUCGAGUGUCCCGGCCACACAAGAUCAGUGAGUCAUCAAAGCUAUACAGAUGGGAGGACCACUCUACACAUGUUCUUCAUAGUUUUAACGAGCAAAGGCAAAAAGGCCUGUUCUGUGAUGUUGUAUUGGUGGCAGAUGAGCAGAGGGUCCCUGCUCACAGGAACCUCCUAGCUGCUUGUAGUGACUAUUUUAAUUCUAUGUUCACUAUUGGAAUGCGUGAGGCCCACCAAAGGGAGGUCGAAUUAGUUGGGGCUUCUUAUAUAGGACUGAAAGCUGUGAUUGAUUUCUUGUACAACUCUGACCUGUCCUUGGAUGGUGGAAACAUUGAUUAUGUUUUAGAGACAGCUCACCUUUUGCAAAUCUGGAAAGUGGUGGACUUCUGCUGUGAGUAUCUGGAGAAUGAGGUGAGUGAAGAAAAUUAUCUUUACCUGCAAGAACUGGCUUCGAUUUAUUGCUUGGAACGCCUUGGUUCCUAUAUUGAUUGCUUUAUUCUACAGAACUAUGCCACACUUUCCUUUACUGCUGACUUUUUGCAAAAUAUAUCCACUCAGAAGAUCUGCCAGUAUUUAAGCAGCAACCAAGUGCAACAUGUAGGUGAACAUGAUCUCCUGCAGUCUGCUCUGCAGUGGCUGACUCAUUCUCCUGAAAGAGACAGCCUAGCUUAUCAGGUGCUCCAGAACAUUCGGUUUCAGCUGAUUCCUAAGAGUGACCUCUUACACAGAGUAAAGCCGGCAGUAUGCUCUCUCCUCCCAAAAGAAGCUAACUGUGAGAGUUUAGUGGAGGAAGCUGUUUAUUAUCAUAAUAAUGUGUCUGCUCAACCAUUGCUUCAAAAUACCCGAAGCUCCCUGCGUGCUGGUGUGGAGAGACUCCUAUUUGUAGGGGGAGAGGUAUCUGAACAUUGUCUUGAGCUGAGUGAUGACGUCUGUAGUUUGGACAUGACAAAGGAGCAAUGGUUGUCUGAGACACAGCUGCCAGCAAGACGAAGUCAUCAUUGUGUCACGGUUCUAGGGGACUUCAUCUUUGUUGCUGGUGGAAGUUUCUCAAGAGACAAUGGUGGGGACGCUGCCUCCAACCUUCUCUACAGGUAUGAUCCCCGCUGGAAUCAGUGGAUCAAGGUAGCUUCCAUGAACCAACGUCGAGUGGACUUUUAUCUAGCAGCUGUGUCUGAUAGGCUUGUAGCAGUUGGUGGAAGGAAUGAAAGUGGGGCCUUAUCUUCCGUGGAAUUAUAUUGCCCUCAGCAGGACACAUGGACAUAUGUAUCAGAGUUGCCAAGAUUCACAUAUGGACAUGCAGGAACGGUUCACAAAGAAUUUAUCUAUAUAUCAGGAGGACACGACUACCAGAUUGGACCAUAUAGGAAAAAUAUGCUUUGUUAUGACAAUCGUGCAGAUGCGUGGGAAGAGAGGAGGCCAAUGAUCACUGCUAGAGGCUGGCACAGUAUGUGCACACUGGAAGAUAGCAUAUAUUCUGUUGGUGGCAGUGAUGAUAAUCUAGAAUCCAUGGAACGAUUUGAUAUAUUGAGUGUAGAGUGUUACAGCCCCCAGUGCAAUCAGUGGACGCGAAUAGCCCCAUUGCUUCAGCCAAACAGUGAAUCAGGGGUGGCUGUCCUCGAUGGCAAGAUUUACAUUCUUGGUGGUUACAGCUGGGAAAAUACUGCAUUUUCCAGAACUGUGCAGGUAUAUGACAAAGAGAGACAAAGAUGGGCCAAAGGAACUGACCUACCUAAAGCCAUUGCUGGUGUGUCUGCAUGUGUGUGCAUACUGAAGACCGGAAAUGAUGAACAAAGCAAGAGAACAAAGACAAAAAGGCACUCUGAUAGAGGCCGGUGAGCACAGGACUAACACAGUUUCUGUGUACUCUGUCUAUUGAAUUACAGAAUCUCAACACAGCUCUGCAGGAUUUCUGUGAAGGAUUUGCUUAUGUUAAAGUAACAGCUGUUGUUUUCUGUUUUAACUUUCUUUUUGAAAUUUGUUUUUUAUUUUUUAACAGUUUCAUGCAUUACAUUUCAUAUACACUUUGUUUUCAGCUGCAGUUUCAGUACUUCCAGUAGCCCUCAUCCACAAUGGUGCACUCCUGUUUGGGCAGUUGAAUGGGCACUUCAGCUUUGAUAACCUUCUCCAGUGCCAACAUACAAAAUAACCUGCAGAAAAGCAGGUCACUGGGAACACAGAUGUCAAAAAGGCCAAUGCAGUUUACUAUUCUGGCCUUUAAAAUAUUGUGCCCUAUCCAUUUAAUGGAUAAUUCACCCCUGAAAGUUAUUACUUUAUGGAACUUCUGUCAGGAAAAGGCCAGUUUUGAUUUUCUUUUUAAUCAGAGGUAAUAGAAACUCAAAUGUAAUUACUGAUAGCAAAUAGGCAUACGUUUUUAUAUGUGGGUUCGCUUAAUUUCUUGGCUGAAAACAAUCCACUUGUUUGCAGAACACUUUAAACUAAGUUGCAUUGCUCUAUGGCCUUCAUUUCUCUAAACAUUCAUUAUAUCAUUUGUAAAGAAGAUAAACUUACAUUACCAUAUGGCAUUAAUUACUUGGCUAUAGAAAUCUGCUUGAUUUCUUAUUUAUUAAAUUCAACACUGGCCAAAUUUACACUUGGGCAAUCACCCAGAGCAACCAGUGUGAUUAGCUUCUUCCAACCAGCAUCAGGUAGAACAAUCAGGAGAAAAAGGAAAAUUGUGAUUCAUUGCCAAAUUGCUAAUUUUUCCAGUGUUGAUAAAUGAGCCACAGUGACUUUUUAUUUUGACUUUUUGUAAUAUUUUAUGUCCAAUGACAUUGCUGUUGAAUUGAUGAUAUUAAGCCUUCUGUGCAGCAAACACUUUUUCCACAUUACAUAGACCUGCCUGCAUCUAGCAACUUACUGGAUAUUACCUAUUUAAAUCUCUACUUGAAGAGAAGGACUUAAAUUAGGCAAGCCAAACAUGAAGGUGUUAAACCAAACUCCCACAAUAAGCUCAAUAGAAUACUCCAAAGUGCCCUCUUCUGCUUUAGAUUUAGUGAUGAGGAAAAAAAUAAAUAAAUGAAAUAAAUAUAUAUAUAUAUAUAUAUAUAUAUAUAUAUAUAUAUAUAUAUAUAGUGAAAUACUGUUAAUUACUUUACAAUGUGCACUCCCAUGUGUUUAACACCAGUGAUAACUUUUACUUGUAUAGCCCUUUUGUGCCUAGUUGUGAUAUCACUUCACUUUCCGACUGCCAAUCUACUUACAGACCCCCUUGGGUUUAUAUGGCAUCCAGUUAAUUAGCUUGUAGCUCAUGAAUCUCUGCUUUCCCACUUCUUAAUUUCACGCAGUAUUAGGAAC